UUUAUGAUCGGACAUCGCUGUGUCCAAUUCAUAGAUCGACGUUCUCCCUGAAUUGCAGCAGAAGGAGGAAGUUUCGCAAUGGCCAAGGCACUUACGGUGACUCUGAAUAAUGGACUUAAAUGCCCCCAGUUGGGACUGGGUACGUGGCUGUCCGGUCCUGGCGAAGUAAAAAAAGCUGUAAUGCACGCAAUCGACGUUGGCUACAGACACAUUGAUUGUGCCUUUCUGUACGGAAACGAGGCCGAAAUUGGAGAAGGCAUAAGGGAGAAAAUCAACGACGGAACAGUCAAAAGAGACGAGCUCUUUAUCGUUACGAAACUUUGGAACACCUUCCACGAAAAAGCUGACGUGGUGCCCACAUGCAAAUUGUCUCUGAAAAACUUCGGCCUGGAAUACAUCGACUUGUACUUGAUCCAUUGGCCCGUUGCCCAAAAACUGAAAGGUGAGCUGAACAUUCAGCUACCGUUCAGUAACGCCUACGUCUACAAGCACGAUUUCGUCGAAACGUGGCGCGGCAUGGAAGAAUGCGUCGAUCUAGGUCUCACCAAAAGCAUCGGAGUGUCCAACUUUACCAACCAGCAGCUGCAACGGAUCCUCGACGCCGCCAGAAUCAAGCCAGUGAUGAAUCAGGUGGAGGUCAGUCCGAAUUUAAACCAGAAGGAGCUGAUCAAAUAUAAUUUGGACAGAGGCGUUCACGUCACGGCCUACAGUCCGUUCGGAUCGCCAGCCAGACCCUGGAAGAAACCUGGCGAUCCGGAUGUUUCGUUCGACGAUCCGAAACUGGUGGCCAUUGGAAAUAAGUAUGGAAAAACAACGGCCCAAGUAAUUUUGAGGUACUUGAUUGAACUGGGCACGAUUCCAAUUCCCAAGUCAACGAAUGUGACUAGGCUUGCCCAGAACAUAGACGUGUUCGAUUUUAAACUCGAUCAGAACGACCAUAAAGUUUUAGACAGUUUUAAUUGCAAUGGAAGAGCUGUGCAUGCCAUCGAACUUAAAGAUUCCGAUGAAUAUCCCUUUAAGGAUGAUUUAAAAAAUCUGUAAAUAUUUUUAUACGAUGUUUUAAUAAAAAGCAAAACACAACGUCUGCUGUAUCGAUUA